CUCCUCCCUCUCCCCUCCCUCCCCCCCCCCACUCUCCUUCGACCCCUCUACUCGCCAAUGUGGACCAGCAGGAUUCUGAGCUCCACCUUCAGGGCCGCUCCCUUGACCCAGGCUGCCAUGAAGCCCCAGCGGGCCAUGACCCCAGCAACCACCUUCAUCCGCCAGUCCUCCUCCUCCACCUCGGCCAUCUCCUACAAGCGCUCGCAUCCGCACAAGCGUCAUCCUGCGUUAACGGCGGAUUAUCUCCACCCAGCGCCACCCUCCGCAGAGGAGGCGGUGUCGAACAUCCUGUACAACACCCCGCCGAUCGGACACAAGCAGACCCGUCAGCGACAUAUCCUCAACUGUCUUGUCCAGAACGAACCUGGAGUCCUGAGUCGCGUCUCGGGAAUCUUGGCCGGCAGGGGCUUUAAUAUCGACUCGCUCGUCGUUGCCAAGACCGAGGUUGCGGAUCUGAGUCGUAUGACGAUUGUCUUGAAGGGCGAAUCGACGACUGUGGAGCAGGCCCGGAGACAACUGGAGGAUCUUGUACCGGUGUGGGCAGUGUUGGACUACACAGGGUUCAAGGUGAUUGAACGCGAGUUGCUGCUGAUCAAGGUCUCCAUCCUGGGACCCGAACACGUCCGUGCGCAGAUGAACUCGCGUGCGCCCAACAACUACCAGCUGGUGCAAGAAGAGACCGAGGAGGAGAUGACGCCGUCGAAUGCGUUGCGUCAGACGCAUGCACAUCUAAAGUCGUUGACGGAGCUCGCAAAGUUGUUCCAGGGCAAGGUCGUGGAUGUGAGCAGCGAUUGUGUGGUGAUCGAGUUGUCGGCCAAGCCGGAUCGAGUGGAUGCGUUUGUGAAGCUGGUGAAGCCCUUUGGGAUCUUGGAGGCCGCGAGGAGUGGAUCGAUGGCGAUGCCUCGAUCGCCGAUCUAUGACCGUAAUGAUUAUGAGGAGGAGGAGGAGGCCGAGGAUCAGGGAUCGGGCGUCGAUGCCUCGCUGUUGCCUCCUGGAUAGAAGGGGGCAGAGGCAAAUGGACGAUAUAAAUAUUAUAGACGACACUCACUCUCGCUGUGCAAAAUAAAAAACAACGCAUUCCCCAUUC